AUGUUUCAAAAAUUUAUUGCUGAACUUGAAAAUAUGUAGUCUUAUUUCCAAUGACAUUUUAUCUAAAGUACAACUUUUAAACAUUAUAAAACAUUAUUUUUGAAAAAAAAUAAAAUGCAUAAUGUUUCAAACAUCAGACUAAAAAUAAAUAUUUUUGAAUAGGGCAGAUGGAGAGAGGAUUUCCUUUUCAAAUCAAGUUGAUGAUCAACAAGACACUAAUGUCGAGACUGUCCCUGAUAUUGACGAUGCUGAAAGAUUGGAGUCUAUCACACAGUCAAAGAAAGUUCAGAUAACAUGUUCAGGGCCCUUAGAAGAAAUUGAUAAAAAGUUAAAAGCAAAAAAUCUAGCUGAAUUAGAACUUAAGAACCAAGAAUAUUUUAAACUUUUCAAAAUGAAAAAUACCGAAUCAGUUGACACGAAAUCCACUGAAAAGAGAUUCAAGGAUGAAAUGAGAGAGCUUCAAAAGACAGGGAUUCCUAAAUUGAGAGAACUUUAUGCUGCCUCCGAAAUACUGGAACAAGAAGUGGUACUUAUACUCCCUGAGUUUGGAAAAAUAUUACACAUUUGGCCAAUGCUGAAAGAAAUAACUGAAAACAAUCCAUUGGCUAUAGAAGUCCUCUGUGAAGAAAAGACUCCAGCCUUUCGAAGACUUGAUAAAUUUUGUCUUGAAGAUGACGACUGGAAAGAGUUUAUAGAUCUUAAUAAAGAUCACAAACGCUGUUUUGACAAGCGGUUCCUUAACGAUUUUCAAGUUUUUAAAUCCGAAAACUUUUAUCCUGACUUGUCCCCUUUAAUAACUUGCGAGAGGAAGAACUUUUCUGUUUCUGAAAUCGUAAGCUGUUUUGUUUAUGGAAAUCUCUUUCGCACUCAAUUAAUAGAAAAAUACGUUUCUGAACACCAACAAGACGACAUAUUAAAAACUAUAUAUGAAAAACUAGUUGAUUAUGAAACUUACAUUGGCGAAGACCAAUUACAAAAAUUAGGAAAUUUACAGGAGGAAACCGAAAGAGAAGAAUACCUGAAAACAAUUGAAGCCCAAGCUUUGGCUGCUCAUUUGACAAAGAGAAAAAUAACAUCAAAAGGAGAUUUUUUAUCGAUUGCAAGUAUAUUUAGUAUUGAUUUGUAUAUUUGUGCUGGUGAAAUGAAACAGCUAAUUCGUCCGAUCUGUACAAAAAUAAACCAGGUUUUCCAUGGACAUUUAAUCCUCUUCUUGAUACCAGACUCAGAAAGUUCAUUUACAGUUGAUUGUUAUCCCUCACAUUCCUGUUUUUGUAAGAUGGAAACACCUAUCAUAACAGGUGUUUUUUCAGACAUUCAAGAGGAAAUUUUACCAGAAAUUAAUAAAAAAAUAAAUUCUUCUUCGAAAUGCUGUUGUAAGCCUUGGUGGCCAAGAAAAAGCCAUACCCAUCUUUCGCAUUUUCAAAAAUGGUUCCAUCCAGAUAUAAUCAAGAACAAUUUUCGAAGAAAGAAACCGUUUGUAAAUGUCAGACAUAAAAACCAGUCAGAGAUCGACAAAAAGUUGCUUGAUUUUCUUGAAGAGGAUGGGCGCACUUUGCAACAAGUGCAAUCGGGUACUAUCUGUGAAUGCCUUGCAAAAGAAGUGUAUGGGACUACGACGGUUUCAAGUACAGAGAAGAUCAGAAAUACCAUUUGUGCAAAUGACAAUGACAAUGAUGAUACCAUUCUAGAAAAAGCAGCAGAAACUCUGAAGACCGAUAUCUUUGUGUUCAAAUAUUCUCUGGAACACAGUCGUUGGGUAUCUUUUCAUCCAAAAGAAAGAAGAACUCGAUGCCACUUUUACAUCACAUUACUUCAGAUUGCUGAAGAGGACAGCCUCAAAUAUAAUAGAAUAAUACCUGAAGAGGGAUGUAAUUGUCGUCAUCUACCACCAGAAACGCCUUACUUUAUUACAAAGGAUGGUAUAAAAACUGAUUGUUUGACCAUUCCAAGAGAAGAUCUAGAAUGCCAUUCCCAUGUCAAGAUACUACUAAAAGACUUCAAGACGGAUCCACAAGCAGAUUACUUUUGCGAUGAACAGAGACGUGUUCCCUUAGUUAGUUUUACUUCAGAACAUGCAAUAGUUUUAUCACACCCUGAAAUGGAAGACAGAAUGAUAGACCAUAUAUCAGAUAUUUCUUUUUCAAUUUGCAAGUGUAUCAGCAAGGAAAUAUUUGGAACAGAAGGAAAAUUUGAUUUAAUUUUAGAUCAUCUUAUUUCGGAAAUAGUAAAUAAUAAACAUCUUUAUGUUCGUUUGUUAGAGGAAAUUCAACAGAAGACAACCAUUGAUAUCGAAAUGGUCGUAAACCUCCUUAAAGAUGGUGUAGAGUUCGAAAAGAUCGAACUUUCUGCAGCUGCAAAUUAUUACCAGUGGCCAAUCUAUACUGUAAGUUUAGAAGAAUCUAAUGGAGAUUGUGCCGUUAAAUGGAUUGAAUAUAAACCAAAUACAGAACAAGCAAACGAAGACUAUUACAUGACAUUCUUCAAAGCUUCCGCUGGCUACUUUAAUAGGGUUACCUGCAAAGAUGCCAACAAUGUUUGUAAUUGCAGGUUAAAUAAACCAAAUGAAACAGAAGAAUCACAAGGUGUUAAUAAAGUCUGGAAAAGACGAGAGUUACAGCAAUUAUGGGGCCCUGUUAACCACCUUGUUAAACUGAAGUUUAAUUUCGAAAAUUGGAUACGUUCGAAUAUCGCCUUAGAAAUUCUUUGUCUAGAAUUUGUGAAAACGUUAGAAGAACGAAGGAAGGGCACAAAUAUCGCCAGUAUUGUUGGAUCUUCCACCAGUUUGAUUGGAACUAUCCUUAUGGUGUCUGGAAUUCUCGCCUCACCUGUGACGGGAGGAGCAACACUUGCCCUGACAAUUGCUGGAGGAGUUAUUUCUGGGGGUGGAACAAUCACAACUAUCGGAGCCAAAGUGGCGGAAUUUGCUCGUAAUAAAAAGCCCAAAAGUAUUGUUCGUCGACAACAGAUGGUACUGCAGGAACAUUCAAGACGCUUUGAAAAGAUUGUGAAAGAAUUAGAUAAGUAUUUGAAGAUUCUAGAGGAAAAAAAUCGAGAAAAGUUUACUGCUUCCUUAGAUGUAGCUCCUGCAUAUCUACGUACAUUCUGUAGUAUUGGAUCCAUUCCACUUCUGAUACUUAGGGUUUUAGCGAAAGCCAUUACAAGCGCGGAGGCAGUAUUUAUUCCUGCGUCAGUUCUUGCUGAUGGCGUAAUAAUAGGUAUUGCCGCCAAUAGUUUAAGAAAAGGCUCCAAAACUGACGACUCCAAAAAACUUAGAACUGCACAUAUUUUGUUAAAGCUUACACGAGAGCAAAUGAAUAUUUGGGCAUACGGAAACACGUAUAAAGGAGGAAGCUCGAAUGACAUUUUAAAGGAAAAGGCAGAAAUUACAACACAAAAUGAAGUGAACUAA